AAAAAGAAAGAGAUAACUACAUCAACAUGAAGUGCCUGGUUCUGAUUAGUCUGCUGGUGAUCCUGUCGCAGUGUUCGGCGAAGAGUGUUAAAAGACCUCGUCUUCGUCAUCAGUUAAACCAUCAUUUGGGCCACGUUAAGCCCGAGACCCGGGUGAUUGGAGGCGUGGAUUCACCCACUGGCUUCGCUCCCUACCAGGUUUCCAUUAUGAACACCUUUGGCGAGCAUGUCUGCGGUGGCAGUAUCAUUGAUGAACAUUGGAUCCUCACCGCCGCCCAUUGCAUGGAGUGGCCCAUUCAGUAUCUGCUGGUUAUCACCGGCACCACGGACUACACAAAGCCUGGAGCGUCGUAUGUUGUGGAUAAAUCGAAGGUCCAUUGCAGCCAUGACAAGCCGGCCUAUCACAAUGACAUCGCGCUGAUUCACACGGCCAAGCCCAUAGUUUUCGAUGCGAUGACCCAGCCGAUUCGCUUGGCCAGCAAGGGCAGUCUGCCCAAGGUGGGCGACAAGCUGACGCUGACCGGAUGGGGCAGCACCAAGACCUGGGGCAGGUAUUCCACCCAGCUGCAGAAGAUCGAACUGAACUACAUCGAGCACGACAACUGCGAGUCGCGGGUGCGAAACAUCAAUUGGUUGAGCGAGGGACAUGUGUGCACCUUCACCCAGGAGGGCGAGGGAUCCUGCCACGGCGAUUCCGGAGGUCCUCUGGUCGAUGCGAACCAAACCCUCGUCGGCGUGGUCAAUUGGGGCGAGGCCUGCGCCAUUGGCUAUCCAGAUGUUUUCGGUUCGGUGGCCUACUACCACGAUUGGAUCGUAACGAUGAUGACCGAUGCUGGAACCGCCUGCUAAAGGUCGAAAAAAGUCACCCGAGGGGGUACAAAAGCCAAAAAAGCCAACGAACAAAAAUAGCACCUGCCAUUUAAUGGCUCCUGCCUAUUGAUCAAAUUAGCCAGUAAAUUUUAUCACUCACAUGAUAUCAUAGAUAUCAUAAAUUAUUUAUGAACAAAUAAAUGAGCAAUUACGCUUCACUUUUAACUUAAA